GGAACCUACACAAUCAAAAACAGCUCUCCUCCAGCAGCCUCCAGCAGCGCAUCACCUGGAGCAGAGCGAGUCGCUCGCUCCCCGCUCAGCCCGGGAGCAGCUCGGUAGCUGGGGGCGGGGACGGUACCCUGCUCUCGCCUGAGCGCCCGCCAGAGCAUCUCUGGAUAGAUUUGCUGUAUCCCGCCAUCCGGCCCCGGGGUCCUGUUGUGGUGAUGCUUACGUUUCAAAGCAAUGAUGGAAAGAGAAAAGCCAUUGCCAGUGGCCUCUGAAAGUGGGGCGAGUUACUGCAGUCGCUGCCGCAGCAGGAUGAGCGAGUGAAAAACUGAGCCCCGUUAGCCUCUCCAUCCCGUUCGGUCUUCAUUCACCGUCUCCAGGAAGGCGGAUCGGGAUACAGAUGCAGUAAACCAAGCCGGUGCCACCCUGGAUCUAUAACUGUGAAGUCCCUUCUGUGGAAGAUGGUAAACAAAGACAUGAAUGGAUUCCCGGUCAAGAAAUGCUCAGCGUUCCAAUUUUUUAAGAAACGGGUACGAAGAUGGAUCAAGAGCCCCAUGGUCAGCGUGGACAAGCAUCAGAGCCCCAACUUGAAGUACACUGGCCCUGCUGGGGUGCAUCUUCCCCCUGGGGAGUCAGACUUUGAGGCCAUGUGUCAAUCAUGCCUGGGUGACCAUGCUUUCCAAAGGGGGAUGCUCCCUCCAGAGGAGUCCUGUUCCUGGGAGAUCCAACCUGGGUGUGAAGUGAAAGAACAAUGUAAUCAUGCCAACAUCCUGACCAAGCCGGACCCAAGAACCUUCUGGACUAAUGAUGAUGCAGCUUUUAUGAAACAGAGAAGGAUGGGCCUGAACGAUUUUAUUCAGAAGAUUGCCAGCAACACCUAUGCAUGCAAACACGCUGAAGUUCAGUCCAUUUUGAAAAUGUCCCAUCCUCAGGAGCCGGAGCUUAUGAACGCUAACCCCUCUCCUCCGCCAAGUCCCUCUCAACAAAUCAACCUGGGUCCGUCCUCCAACCCUCACGCCAAACCCUCCGACUUUCACUUCUUGAAAGUGAUCGGAAAGGGCAGUUUUGGAAAGGUUCUUCUGGCUAGGCACAAGGCAGAAGAAGUAUUCUAUGCAGUCAAAGUUUUACAGAAGAAAGCCAUCCUGAAGAAGAAAGAGGAGAAGCAUAUUAUGUCAGAGCGGAAUGUUCUGUUGAAGAAUGUGAAGCACCCUUUCCUGGUGGGCCUUCACUUCUCAUUCCAGACCGCUGACAAGCUCUACUUUGUCCUGGACUACAUUAAUGGUGGAGAGCUGUUCUACCAUCUCCAGAGGGAGCGCUGCUUCCUGGAACCACGGGCUCGAUUCUACGCAGCUGAAAUAGCCAGUGCCCUGGGCUAUCUGCACUCCCUAAACAUCGUUUAUAGAGACUUAAAACCUGAGAAUAUUCUCCUAGACUCCCAGGGGCACAUCGUCCUCACUGACUUUGGGCUCUGCAAAGAGAAUAUUGAGCAUAACGGGACAACAUCUACCUUCUGUGGCACGCCUGAGUAUCUGGCUCCUGAGGUCCUCCAUAAGCAGCCGUAUGACCGGACGGUGGACUGGUGGUGUCUUGGGGCUGUCCUGUAUGAGAUGCUCUACGGCCUGCCCCCGUUUUAUAGCCGGAACACGGCUGAGAUGUACGACAAUAUUCUGAACAAGCCUCUCCAGUUGAAACCAAAUAUUACAAACUCGGCAAGGCACCUCCUGGAAGGCCUCCUGCAGAAGGACCGGACCAAGAGGCUGGGUGCCAAGGAUGACUUUAUGGAGAUUAAGAGUCAUAUUUUCUUCUCUUUAAUUAACUGGGAUGAUCUCAUCAAUAAGAAGAUUACACCCCCAUUUAACCCAAAUGUGAGUGGGCCCAGUGACCUUCGGCACUUCGAUCCCGAGUUUACCGAGGAGCCGGUCCCCAGCUCCAUCGGCAGGUCCCCUGACAGCAUCCUUGUCACGGCCAGUGUGAAGGAAGCAGCAGAAGCCUUCCUCGGCUUCUCCUAUGCACCUCCUGUGGAUUCCUUCCUCUGAGUGCUCCCGGGAUGGUUCUGAAGGACUUCCUCAGCGUUUCCUAAAGUGUUUUCGUUAGCCUUUGGUGGAGUUGCCAGCUGACAGAACAUUUUAAAAGAAUUUGCACACCUGGAAGCUUGGCAGUCUCGCCUGCCCGGCGUGGCGCGACGCAGCGCGCGCUGCUUGAUGGGAGCUUUCCGAAGAGCACACCCUCCUCUCAAUGAGCUUGUGAGGUCUUCUUUUCUUCUCUUCCUUCCAACGUGGUGCUAGCUCCAGGCGAGCGAGCGUGAGAGUGCCGCCUGAGACAGACACCUUGGUCUCAGUUAGAAGGAAGAUGCAGGUCUAAGAGGAAUCCCCGCAGGUCUGUCUGAGCUGUGAUCAAGAAUAUUCUGCAAUGUGCCUUUUCUGAGAUCGUGUUAGCUCCAAAGCUUUUUCCUAUCGCAGAGUGUUCAGUUUGUGUUUGUUUGUUUUUGUUUUGUUUUGUUUUUCCCUUGGCGGAUUUCCCGUGUGUGCAGUGGCGUGAGUGUGCUAUGCCUGAUCACAGACGGUUUUGUUGUGAGCAUCAAUGUGACACUUGCAGGACACUACAAUGUGGGACAUUGUUUGUUUCUUCCACAUUUGGAAGAUAAAUUUAUGUGUAGACUGUUUUGUAAGAUAUAGUUAAUAACUAAAACCUAUUGAAACGGUCUUGCAAUGACGAGCAUUCAGAUGCUUAAGGAAAGCAUUGCUGCUACAAAUAUUUCUAUUUUUAGAAAGGGUUUUUAUGGACCAAUGCCCCAGUUGUCAGUCAAAGCCGUUGGUGUUUUCAUUGUUUAAAAUGUCACCUAUAAAACGGGCAUUAUUUAUGUUUUUUUUCCCUUUGUUCAUAUUCUUUUGCAUUCCUGAUUAUUGUAUGUAUCGUGUAAAGGAAGUCUGUACAUUGGGUUAUAACACUAGAUAUUUAAACUUACAGGCUUAUUUGUAAACCAUCAUUUUAAUGUACUGUAAUUAACAUGGGUUAUAAUAUGUACAAUUCCUCCUCCUUACCACACAACUUUUUUUGUGUGCGAUAAACCAAUUUUGGUUUGCAAUAAAAUCUUGAAAACUAUUUGCAUAAA